CUAUCUCUUCUCAGAAAUAUCCGUCGGCCUCUCUCGGGUCCCUCUGCUUCUUCCCCGGUUGAGCAUCCGCAGAAGAGAGAGAGAGCGAUGAAGAUCCAUCUUCUUCUCUCUCGGCCUUGUUGGUCGUCGCCCUUGGUGGCCUUCUCCCCAUCGUCUUUUUCCUCGUAUCCUUCUUCUCCCUCUGCCGUCUGUAGAUUGAGGUUCAGCAUUAGAGCUUCAUCGAGCCCAGACGCUACCAACGUGGAGCAGCUGUCUGCCAGAGAGAGGAGGCAGCUGAGGAACGAGAGAAGGGAAUUGAAGGCCUACGACUGGAAGGACGAGGUGGAGGAGAGACUGGCUAGGAGGCGCAAGAAGAAGCCGCCGUCGGCCCGAAUGGAGGAGCUCAACCUGGACAACCUCGCCCGUCUUGGCCCUCAAUGGUGGGUGAUUCGAGUAUCUCGGCUGUCCGGACAGGAGGCCGCGGAGCAGCUUGCUCGCGGAAUCGCCCGUAACUUUCCCAACAUCGAUUUCAAGGUGUAUGUUCCAGCUGUCCACAUAAAAAACAAGCUGAAGAAUGGAACAUAUUCGAUUAAAGAGAAGUCUUUGUUUCCUGGAUGUAUCUUCUUACACUGUAUUCUCAACAAGGAACUACAUGAUUUUAUCAGAGAGUGGAGUGGUAUUGGCGGUUUUCUUGGUUCUAAAGUUGGAAAUAGUAAGCGGCAAAUCAACAGGCCCAAACCUGUGGCUGCUGAAGAAAUUGAAGCAAUUUUUCAGCAAGCAAAGGAAGAGCAGGAGAAAAUUGACCGUGCUUUCUUGGAAGAGAACCACUUGGAAGGAAUUAUGGAUGAUGGAGAAAGUAACCAAAUUCCAGUUGAUGGUAAGAGAAGAGGCAGAUCAAAAAAGGUUUCCAAGCCAUCUGUUCUAAGAAAGCAGGAGGAGCAGGAAACUGCAAAUGGAAGUAUGCUUGUACAAGAGGAAACUAAGGUGCCUGUUCUUGGUUCAAGCGUGAAAGUUACAUCUAGUCCUUUCAUGGAAUUCACUGGAAGCCUCAAGGAAUUUAAUGUCAAGACAGGAAAGGCGACUGUUGCAUUCAUGUUCUUUGGAAAGGAAACACUGGUAGAUGUCAACGUUGAUGAAAUUGUCAUGUAGUCCAUGCAAUCAAAAGGAAAGCUGUCAUGAAGAAAAUUGUUUUUCUGGAGAGCUCUAUGAUUUUGGCAUAGAAUAAGAGGAGAAGUGUGCUAUUAAGGUGAAUUGUUAUCUCACCUAAAGAAAAUUAUUACUCAGUCCAUGCAUCUGCGGCAGAGUGCCUAGACUGAGUUUUAUUUUUUGAAGUGUGACUGCACUUCCACUUAUCCUUUCAAGAGCUUGAUAGGCAGUACAUAUGGGGGUCACGUUGCCAAAGGUCAAAUAGCCUAAGAUUUUUACUUCCUGGUAGCCCCUUUAUCAGGCCAUCAUUUUUACUUGCAAGAAGAGGUUGCAUAUAUACAUGUACAAAGGGCAUGAACAGUUGUACAGUAUGAUGGCUUCGGCUGUUCACUUGAAUGCACUAUUGUGCUUUUACUC